AUGCGAAAAUUGGAGCCUCUUACAGUCAAGGCGGUUAUGGAGAAACUCAUGCAGAUAUCAAGUGGAAAGUGGAAUAAAUAUAGACUGCAACAUACUGUAUACCCUUACAUUGUACCUAUUUAUGAAGUGGAGCUUCCAGAUUAUGGUGGCUUGAAAAUUCUCUGGCAGGUUGAUUAUGGAUUCUCUAUUCGUGACAAGUCAUACAUUCAGCAUGCGGUAAUUUGGGCAGUCACUGUGAACGAAGAGCAAACCAACGAAAGAUUAGAAAAUAUUGCAUUACUUCACCAAGUUUACACCCCUGAGCAUAAAGACAAGUGUGCAUUCCAACAGAUUGGCAAAGGUGGUAUCGUUUUACCAAAAUCCUUUGAAGAUGAGGGUGGAACAAAGUCCACCCAGAGCAGAUUGAGGAAGAACCAAACAGAUGAUGAAAAUUUGUUGAAGGUCCAUGAAAUGCUUACCACAAAUAAAUUUGUUCCAUUAUCAAAGAAUUUAUUUAGGUCACUUGCCAGAGGUGGUACUGAAUUUACUUUCCAGGUAUCUAAGCUUGAGUAUGAAAUUAUUAAUCAUCCUUCAUCAGCAAUUGUCAUUGGUCGUUCUGGAACUGGAAAAACCACAUGUAUUGUGUUUAGACUUCUUGCUUCAUACCUGAAAAGCCAACCCAACGAAACAUCAAAUGACAAUGGUGAGGAUUCUCAUAAAAGACAAAUAUUCAUUACGUUGAGUGAUAAUCUUUGUCACAAAGUAAAAGAAAACUUCAACAAAUUGCUGACGUCGGUAGCAUUUGCUAAUAAAAGGAUGUACAAAGAUCAAUCCCACGAGGAAAGUGAUAAUAUUGAUGUGACAAAUGACACAAAGAUUGGGAAAGAUAAAAUUCCAAACUCAUUCCGUCUUCUGACAAAAGACCAUUUCCCAUUAAUAAUUACCUAUGAAAAGUUCAUCAAAAUGCUUCUAGGAACUUAUGACAUUAAUGAUGCUUCGUAA